GGUUGUGGUUGCCAAACUCAAAGCACGCAUCGGGUCUUAUCUCUUUCUAACACACACAGACAAACUCACAUAGAGAGAAAGAGAGAGAGAGAGAGAGAAAGAGCGAGAGAGAAGGAGAGAUGGGUGAAGAUAUGGGAGGAGUGAGAGUAGUUGGAAAAUAUUCACCGGUUAUAGUAAUGGUGAUAUCAAAUGUAGCGAUGGGUUCGGUGAAUGCACUUGUGAAGAAAGCUCUUGAUGUUGGCGUGAACCAUAUGGUCAUUGGUGCUUAUCGAAUGGCUAUUUCAGCUUUCGUUUUGGCUCCGUUAGCCUAUAUCUUGGAAAGGAAAACAAGACCGAAGAUGACCUUUAGGCUAAUGGUUGAUCAUUUCAUCAGCGGCCUGCUCGGGGCGAGUUUGAUGCAAUUUUUCUUUUUGCUUGGUCUGUCGUACACGUCCGCAACUGUUUCGUGUGCUUUGGUAAGCAUGUUGCCUGCAAUCACCUUCGCUUUGGCCCUUAUUUUCAGGAUUGAAAAACUAAAGGUUUUAAAGACCAAAGCAGGAAUGUUGAAGGUGAUUGGAACUCUAAUAUGUAUUAGCGGAGCUCUGUUCUUAACGUUUUACAAAGGCCCUCAAAUAUCAAAUUCUCACUCUCACCGAGAGGCUCCACACACAAAGAACAACGCUCAAGAAGACAAAACCAAUAAUUGGCUUCUUGGAUGUCUUUACUUAACCAUAGGAACCGUCUUGCUAUCUUUAUGGAUGCUAUUUCAAGGAAAUUUAAGCAUUAAGUACCCUUGCAAAUACUCAAGCACUUGUCUCAUGUCAAUAUUCGCGGCGUUUCAAUGUGCUCUCUUGAGCCUUUAUAAGAAGAGAGACGCUAAUGAUUGGAUCAUCGAUGAUAGAUUCGUGAUCAUGGUCAUUAUAUACGCUGGAGUGGUCGGACAAGCAAUGUCGACGGUAGCAACAACAUGGGGAAUAAAGAAAUUGGGAGCUGUUUUUGCAUCGGCAUUUUUCCCAAUUAUUCUCAUUUCGGCCACUCUGUUUGAUUUCCUGAUUUUACACACUCCUUUAUACAUCGGAAGUGUGAUUGGAUCACUAGUGACAAUAACGGGUCUCUACAUGUUCUUGUGGGGUAAGAACAAAGAAACGGAACCAUCGACAACACUGCCUUCCCGGAUGGAUGACGAAGCUAAAAAUAUCAAUAAUGAAAACGAGUCUAAGUCGCCCGUUUAAUAUAAUGAUAUCGUUGUUAUUGUACUUUACAAAUAAGUGCUACUAUAUUUCUACUUAAUAUUGAAGGAGAGACUGUGAGAUAAAAUAUCCUUAUUCGAAGUUCGGAACCCGAAACAUCGACGUAGAGAGUUGUAAAAUAGUUUUAAUAAUGAUAUAACGAUGGUUAUGAAUUUUUAACCAUAAUCUUGUAGUAUGUAAUAAAACAUCUCUAUUUACUUAA